UAAACAAAGUCACUCGAUGAUCACACAUUGAACAGCCACAAAGUGUUACAAUAAACAAUAAAAGAGCAACAACAAGUUCAACGGCACACAUCAAGUGUGUGCGUGGUGGGAGGAGAUCCACCAUCUGUGUGGCAUUCGAAGUGAUUCUAUCGGUCGGCAAUCCUCUACUUCAGAAGACAGAUUGCAGUGUCUGGUUAGGCGGCUGACUGGCUGAUUAGCGGUUGCCAUCUCGCUAUUUGCGUGCAUGAGUUAAUGCCCAUAUGAAUUUUCACUUUUCAUUGAUGAUCAAUGAAAAAUGGCCGGCAGGAAUAUGCCAAGUGGAUGUGGCCAAUAAUGCGAGUGCUUGUUUAUUUUAUAGACCACAAAACCGUAAACAAAACAAAAUAACAUCAAGAGUGGGCCCAAAGCGGUACUGGGAACAUGGAAAACGUGCGCUUCUCCAUCAUCGAAAACGACCUGAAGUGGCAUUCGGAGAGUGAGCAGGCUGACCUGCUCUUUGAUAAGCGCAGCAUUUCAAGUGAAACCAAUAGCGAUGCGGUCUUUAGCAAUGAGGCUCACGAGAUCUUCACGCGUCAGCAGCAGAACGAAGUGCUUUGGCAGCCCCAGGAGGUCGACGAGACGCUGUGUGCGCAGCCGAAUGCCAGACAUGUUUUCGAAAUGGUUCAGUCCGGAUGUUUCCUGGAACUCAUGGCUAACCCAAGCGACUGCAAUCUGGCGCUUCUGCUGUGCUCCAUCCGCGGCACCACAGAUAAUGUUAUGUAUCUGCUAAAUCAGUACAACUCAGACCCAAACUGUAUGGAUCUCCGGGGACGCACCCCUCUGCAUUUUGCCUGCUGUCGCGGACAUGUCCCCAUUGCCAAGUUACUGCUGGAUCGCGGCGCCGAUCCCAAUCGGUGGGAUGCCAAAAAAGAGGUGACGCCACUGCACUGUGCGGCGAGCGCCAAGAGCGUGGAAUGCAUUCUGUUGCUGCUGAAGCGCAAGGCAAACAUCAAUAGCGGCAUAGAGAAGCGCUCGCCCCUCCACUUCGCUAUCGAUCGGGAUGCGGUCGAGUGUGUGGAGACUCUGCUCAAGUAUGGCGCCGAUCCCAACACGCCGCAGGUGUACACGGAGACCCCUCUGCAUACGGCCUGUGCCUCCGGCUUUACAAAGUGCGUGGAGCUGCUGCUCAGCCACCAUGCCGACGUACGCUCCCAAUUCGGCGAGGGCAAGGUGACGGCUCUCCAUUUGGCCGCCGAGAACGACUAUGCGGAAUGUGCUCGCCUGCUUUUAGACCAUGGCGCCGACGUCAACUGCCGCAAUGCUAGCCACCAGACGCCACUGCACUUGGCUUGCCUCUCCCAGUCUAUCAGUACAGUAGAGUUGCUAAUCAAGUAUGGCGCCAAUGUGAAUGCCGUGUAUCGGGAUGGUCGAACGGCGCUGCAUGCGGCUAUUGUUAAGCAGUCACGUUGUCUGGACUGCUGCAAUGCGCUCCUGAAAGCCGGGGCGGAUGUCAACCUGGCGGACAAUUAUGGCUACACACCUCUGCAUAUAGCAGCGCUGAAUGAAUUCAGUAAUUGUGUUUACACCUUCAUAGAAAACGGGGCCAAUAUUACAGCUCGCACGGAUGGAAACGUCUCGGCCCUGUCCUUUAUAGUGCGUCGCACACCCGAGAUUAUACCGAAGCUGAUGCACAAACUGGAUUGCUCCAUCAAGGCUAAUGAUAACGAGAUUGGCAUCGGAGACGUCGAUUGUCAAAUCAAACUGGACUUCCGCUUGCUUGUGCCCAGUUCGUCAAUGGAGCAGGGGGAGACAGAGCUGCUUCUGUCCCUCAUCGAGGUGGGCCAAAAGCGCAUUCUUAUGCACCCGCUCUGCGAGACCUUCCUUUUUCUCAAGUGGCGACGCAUUCGUAAGUUUUUUCUCAUGAGCCUCGCCUACCAUGCGCUAUUCGUCCUACUCUUCACACUCUACGUGAUUGGCGUGUUCGUGCGGUGUUGCAAGGAGGGAGAGGUCUGUGUAGCAUCCGGCUAUGUGACGACCAUUGGAUAUUUUGUGAUUAUUCUCAAUCUGAUCCUGCUGGGCAAGGAGAUCUUCCAAAUGGCGCACGGCCUACACGGCUAUGCAAAAUACUGGGAGAACUGGCUACAAUGGACCAUUGUCUUUGGCGUGCUCUUGUGCGUGUCACCGGAGAGUAUGCGUACGGGCGACCUGCAGGCCGUGCCACUUUGGCAACAUCAUGUGGCAGCGGUUGUCAUUCUUCUGGUGUGGUUGGAACUUAUGAUGUUGGUCGGUCGCUUCCCCAUAUUUGGAGUGUAUGUGCAGAUGUUUACAAAAGUCGCCGUAAACUUUGGAAAGUUCCUGUUGGCCUACAUUUGUUUGCUGGUUGCCUUUGGACUGAGUUUCUCGGUGUUGUUCAACGACUACCCCGCCUUCGAGAAUAUUACUUGGUCGUUUCUCAAGUCUAUUACUAUGAUGUCUGGGGAACUGGAGUAUGAGGACAUUUUCUUUGGCGACCAUCCCGUCAAGUUUCCAGUCACAGCCCACAUCAUAUUUCUGUCGUUCGUGCUUCUAGUUACCGUUAUAUUGACCAACCUAAUGGUGGGUCUGGCCGUCAGCGACAUACAAGGGCUGCAGGUUUCGGCCACGCUGGAUCGUCUCGUGCGACAGGCGGAGCUGGUUUCCCGCUUGGAGAGCCUGUUCUUCUCUCGUCUGCUGAGAGGCGCUCCGACUAAGCUUCUUCAGUUGUGUAAGCGCAGCGCGCUUCUGCGUACCUCUCGCGACAAGCUCCAGUUCACCAUACGGCCCAAUGAUCCGCGCGACAACCAGCUGCCCGAUGACAUCAAGUUGAACGUCUAUAAGCUGGUGGCGGAGCGACGAGAUCGCAAUCUGAGCAUACGCCGGCGUCAAUUCGAGAACAACUACAACUUCUUCAAUCGCAGCCUCCAGCGACAGCAGGAGGAGCAGCAUUCACCGCAGCAAACGCAUCAGUCGGCGACUGAUGCCUUCACAGCCGCUCCCCAGCAAUUCCAAAUGCACGAGCUGCUGCGUCCGCGGUCUGCUACUAAUGUGAAUGUGCAGCUGAAAAAUCAGAUGAACGGGCUCGGCGAUGUGCGAGCGGAUCUGGAGGACCUGAAGACUCAGAUAGCGGAGCUUGUGCAGAAAUUCGACAGAUUUGCGGAGAACGCCACCCGGAAGCUGAACUAUAGUGCCGACGAGCUAUGCCGCAUGAAGCAGCAGCAGCAGCAACAACAACAACAUAAACAGAAAUCCGGGUCGGAGGCCCAGCGCCAUAAAACGGGACACUUUCGUUGAGCUGAAGAGUGAUCCUCACCUUUGACUAACUACUACAAGUAAU